AUCAGCUGAUUAUUUUAGUAGACGCUUGACACCAAAAUGUCAUGAUUUCGUAAACAAGGAAAACAUCAAUUAACAUCAUCUUCAGAUAUUAGUCAGAACUUUUUAUAUACCGUAUGAAGUGUUUAUUUAGUGUUUUUGGCCUGUUUAACAUUGAACUGCCAGACAUCAAAGUUGAGAUACAAACUUUAAAAUAUGGAUGGGAUAACAUUGCCUUUAAGAGAUGAAGAGUCAAUAAAGAAUCAAGGUCGUAUGGAGUCAGAUGGUCCUACCUCAACUUUUACCGCAUGGAAAAUUCCCACUCCACCACCCCCACCUCCACUGCCAUUGGACAAAGAUGAGCAAAAUGAUGUGAGCAGUUGCAGUUGUGAUCAGCAAAAUUUUGAGUCACAAAAAGACGACAUACAUGUAUCGGCCAGUACUAGCUUCAGCAUUCCUACACCACCACCAACUCCGCCUAUUAUGAAGAGUGCCUCUUCUGCUAAUCCAAGUGAACAGACCUUAGGCACAAAGAAUAAAAUAAGGAACUCUUCAACCGCUGCAGUUGAAGAUGUCAGUGAAGCCAGAUCCUCUAACGACAGUCCAGUGGGCAGAACUCUAAGAGAACUUGCUAAAUCAAUAAAUUUACAGUCAGAAGAAGCAGAUUAUGAUCCAACUACUGAAGUUGAAGAGAUGAGACUCAGCAAGCAAUUUCAUGAAAGGAUUGAUCAUCCAUUGUUAAGGCAAUAUUGGUGGGCUCUGACCAAUGGGGCUGAAUUUGAAGAUGAAGAUUAUCUAUCAAUCAUAGAAAUGCUGGAGAAAGAGGAUACCAUGGACAUUCAUGAAUACCAAAGACGCUACAUGAAGCAUUUUGAGAGAAGGGCAAUAGAUAGAGUGGCAGAUUUUGAUGAAGACUUUGAAGAUUUUCAUGAACUGACACUUCAGCUAGAUAUGGCUGUAAGUGGUCAAAGUUCAUCUGUCCUUCAACAGUUCAGCCAUGGAUCAGCUGAAAACAUUGAAUGCCUGGUUUGUUUAGAGACCAAAACUCUGCAUAAAAGAGAAUGCUGUUCUUUCCCAGUCUGUGACGAUUGUAUUGGAACAUAUCUUGAAACUAAUAUCCAAGAUGGAAUGAUAAAGAUUACUUGUAUAAGUGACCAAUGUAAUGUUGCCAUGGUAAAAGACGAAAUUCUAGCUCGAGUUUCAGUUCCCAUGAAAGAGAAAUUCAAUAAGUUUCUCGUUGAUGCGAACAAGGACCCAAAGAUUAAAACUUGUCCUAAAUGUAGCCAUGUCUACCAUUUGAAAGAUGAAGAAACUGUGCGGCAGACAAAGUAUGGACUGCCUGUCAUGUGUCGGGAGGGUAACUGUAAACUGACGUGGUGUUUUGUGUGCCACGCCCCUUGGCACACAGGCUUGAAAUGUCGGGAUUUCAGAAAAGGGAAUAAGAUGGUUAAAUCCUGGGCUAGGGAAAAACACUACGGCCAGACCAACGCGCAGAGAUGUCCAAAGUGCAAGAUCUUUAUUGAGCGAAAGAGCGGAUGUGAUCACAUGACAUGUUCACAGUGCAGACAGGACUUCUGUUAUCGCUGUGGAGGACGAUACCUCAACCUGAAGUUUCUUGGGAAUCAUAACAGUCGUUACAGCCCGUUCGGUUGUAAAUACAUCUUCAAACCAAACCGACCAAUCACGCGGCGGCUUGUCCGAUCAUCAGUCCUUGGUGCCAAGCUGCUUGGAGGUGUCAUACUGGCCGGGCUGGGCGUGGCUGCAGCGGGCGUUCUAAUUGGAACAAGCCCAAUUACGCUUCCUGCGUUCGGGGCGUACAAGCUGCACAAGCGACGUCAGAAUGCUCAGCGCUGGAUCCAACAGCAACGCAUGUUCAAGCUACGCUCCCAGAAUGCCAUAAUGGAGUUUCAUCGUGAACGUCUAGCAAGAAUGGGUCAGUUUGAGGAGCAUCCCAGUCGAAGAUUGAGUACCCGUAAUGAUGCCGUACAUAUUGGAAUCCAGACUGGUGCCUCGCAGCAAGUCGACGUUACCGUCAACACGCCAGAUGCCGCAGGGUCUGAGAUCUCCAGCAGCGAGAUGCUUAAUUCCGAAAUUCGUAUGAAUAUUACGGACGAACGAGGUCAUGUGACCGUUACCACUGCCGAGAUAUCUCACAAUGCCUCAGGGGAAGAAGGUUCUGAGGCAGAAAUCAUCCUCCAUGUGAAAACCUCAUAUCCAAAGGAACCCAAAGAUAAAUUGCAGAAAAGUAACUCCCUGAAAGUUACAGACACCAAGGAUGAAAAGAUAGCCGAAGAAACGAUGAAGUUCAACAUGGUUAAAGAAAACCAGGCUGAUAAAUCAACUGAUAAAUCUGGUACAACAAAGUCACCAGAUGAUGUUAAUUCAGGAAUUAGUCCAAAUGAAGAUUUCGACACAUGUAUAACCGACUGUAUCAAAAGUGACUGCGAGAAUACAGGUACGACCCUGGAGAACUCUUGCUGCUCAAUGUUCGGUACUUUUAAGGGAAAUGAGAAUAAGCUUAGAGGGUCAGUAAGUCAUAGGAGAUCCCAUUCCCUGGGCUCAAUAAAGAAAUCAACACGGAUUGCGUCAAUCCAGGGUAGAAAUAAGAGACUUGUGCUGGAAAACGGUGGUAAAGUUUGUCCUGAUCAUGUUUCUAACUGAAUAUGGCUUGUAAUGGAUAUGAAUUAUGCUUCUAAGUUAAUGCUUUAUAUAUUCAUCUACCCUAAAUAGCCAUAUAAUUGGCUAUUAAUUUAAAAAAAAAAUAUUUACAGUAUUGUUUUUUUUCAUUUUUUUCUUGGAUAAUUCCAAAUGACAAUGUUACAAGUAUCAACAUGACAUUGUUAAUACAGUCCAAACUCGAUGGCUCGAUAUUCUAGGGACCGGCCAAAGUACUUCGAGCCUCGAGAAUAUCGAGCCAAGCGGGAUUGCUUACAGAAUGUUAUUUUUUCAUUUGUUACAUAAAGUCUUAUUUACCUCGUUUGUUAUUGGCUACGCUAUCUCCGCAAGAGAAGGAAGAGUAUUUAUUGGGCAUAGUUACGCACCCUUAAUUUCAUAAUAUGACUUAUUCGGUUAUGAGAAAAUAUCAUUUUAUAUUUUUAUUUAUAAUAAAAAUACAUUUAUGUGAAAACGAGCAAUUGUAAACAGUGGGUAACACAAACAUAGCUUAAAAGUUAUAUCAAAAUGCAUAGUAAUUUAGGGAUGGAUAACAGUUAGAGACAGAGCUUAAAGUGAUGGCAUGUUUAUUCAAACUGUUAAACCAUUUAAAUUCGAUAAUAAUUAUAAUAUCAGUCAAGCAAUUUGAAUCGAUUAGCGCCUUGUGCUAAAUUAAGCCAAUCAAACAAAUCAAGGUGUGAGAUUCUUAACUGAACCCCCGAAAAUGACAUCGACCCAAGCAACCAUAUCAAAGUGUGAAAUUCUUGUUUGGGACCACGAAAACGACUUCGAGCGUGGAGAAAUAUCGACCCUCAAGAUAUCGAGCCAUCUGAUCGAAAUUUAUAUGAACAAAGAGUAAAUAAAAAUCGGUCCUUUUAAUUUGGUUCGAGCCAACGAGGAUAUCGAGCCAUGAGAUAUCGAGCCAACGAGUUUCGACUGUAGUAUGUUUUUUGCCUUAAAUGAAAGGUUUUGCAACUUUGAAAUAGUUCUUAGAGCUAGCCCCAGGACUGUUUUUAUGAAUACUUCUUACCUCUAACCAAAACUUCUUUCGUGAUGUUUUCUUAGGGCUAACUAACCCAGGGACUAAGUUCAUGAACAUGUUUACAUGACUUGUCUUAAAUGAAUCGUACACAUGUACAUUGAUUUGAAAGUGCUUAUUAUUCAAUUGAUAUACACUGUACAAGAUACCGAGACAUUUACUAGAAUAUUAAAUUUCUGUGUUCUAUAACAAAAUAUCACUUAUGUACUGGUACGCAUUAAUCAUCAAAAUUACAGUGUGGGAUGAAGAAGGCAGAGUUCAAACAGUAGUGCUUGACAAACCCUGCUACCUGUAUAUAGAAUCCAGAAUGAGCCAGUCCAGAAAGUAGUUGACCAUUUCAAAGCUUAUUUUGACCCGUGUUAUAUGCUUACAUGUAAAUAUGGUGUUGCUGUAUAAUUUUAUGAUUGUUGAUGCAUGGGUCUGUUUUUGGAGGAGGACAAAGUUCAAAUAGUCAUGGUUACUUGUUUUAAGUAUGGUGUUGUAUAAACCUAGUAAAAGUAUGAUAUUUUCAGGGUUUCAAAAAUGUCAAGUUGUUGUCAUAGUCUUGGGUGUGGUUGUUGUUGUUGGCGUCAUAGUGAAAAAAACUUUAAUCCUGGACAUAGGUAAAAGAAUUCUUCAGAUAUUUCAUUGAAACUUGGUACACAUGUUGCCAGGCAAAAUAAGCAAAUGCAUAACAAGGGCCAUAACUCUUGCUUUGAUAAUUGUUAAGUUAUGCCCCUUUAUUGACUGAAAUACAACAGACGAACGUGGGCAUUUGAUCCGCAUUGCUCUUGUUUUAAAUAUGGUGUUGUAUUUUCUAGUGAAAGCAUGUACGGUACACUAUUUUUCAUCUUUCCAAUCAUGUUGUUUUAUCUGUGAUAUUGUGGAUAUAUGUGCUUUGUUACAGUAGUACAUAAAAGGUGAUAUAUUUAUGAUGAAUGUUAUUAACGGUAUUUCCCUUUUAAUAUUUUGAGUCAUUGUACUUAAUCGAAUUUUGCUGCUUGCAUAACAAAUUUGUUUCAUUUUGUCAUAGAAAAUGUGCUUUACAUCAUUAAGGCCAUGUUGUUUUAUUUGUAUGUUUAUCGUCUACAUGUGCUUUGGUAAUGAAGUGUUUUACAAAGAAAUUUUGCUGUGCAUAUUUGGCAGGUGUUACUUAAAGCCAGUGCUUACAAUUAAAAUCCUGUUUUUGAUCUUUAUUUCUUAGAUAUGUAUAGUUUCAUUUGGAAUUAAAAAUAUUUAACAUUUAAACUUUAGAUAUUAUCUUUAUUACCUUAGUUUAAUAUACUACAAAAAGCAAGUCAGUGGAUUUUUGUUUUGUUUUGAAUUGGUAGCUACAUUUCAACCACAACACAUACCUAGGUUUUAACUCCAUAACAAGUAACUAGGUUUCAGCAACUGAAAAAUGGAGUUGAUGUCAUGAUAAACAUAAGAAUAAAACAGCGUGGCCUUAGAUUUCCGAUUGCUCUGGCUGUCUCCUAACUUGGCUUAGAUUGUUAACAGUACAUGCAUGUUACAUUUGUUGAAUGUUUUUAUGAUCAUGAUUUUGUAUGUAAAUCUGUUGAGCCAUUCUGUAGGCCUAGUAUGUAUUCUGUUACAUAAUAAAAAAAAACGUCUUUCAA